GCUCUUUCCCUUUUUCCUCGUCCAUCCUUCCAAGCGAGUCCAAAGAACUUCAACUCAUACAUAGUACCCUCAAGAAGAACUACUACGUCUACACCACAAGCAGUUCCUCCUUCCAACUACUCCACCUCAAAUAUACAAGUCUUCAACUACGAAAAACAAGAUGUCGUCCUGCUGUUGUAUGGGUGGUGCGCCCUCUCAGGGGUACCCGAGUAGGAGUAGCCUACCGAUGCCGGCACAUAUGUUAAGGGUUUCCACAUUGCAUCCUUCACCACCAUCCUUAGCUCCUUUUCAAGGGUUAAAUAGGCUCCGGAUGUUCUGAAGAAUGUAAUGUGGAAGCCUCUAAAUAUGGCACCAGGACAAGUAACCACCUUGCACCGUCAGCUACCCUACGGCGUCUUCGACAUGAGCACGAAAGAUACUACACCUGGUUAUGACACUGAGUAAUGCUACUCUUUACUAUUUAAUGCGUAACAAUAGGCGGUUCUUGUUGAGCACUAAAGAUACUAGGCCUGGUUAUGACUCUGAGCUGCACUAGAACAAUUUGUUACUGUGGACUGUAAAUCUAAAUCUUUCUUGAGCUAUUUCAUUAAGCUUUUGAGAUUGUGCUUGAAGCGAUGUAAUAGUGGUCUAAGUAAUUUUUACUGAGACGCAGAGGCAGACGAGGUUCUUCGUGUCCUCGUCAGAAUCUCCAUGAAGUUAUCAAAUGAUCAAUGUAAUUAUACUUAUAGACAUAGACUCUGACUCGUCUUCGUCUUAUUCACACAUUGCGCUAUUGGGCGGUUUCGGCUUGCAUUCUAGUUCAACUGGCUAAGCUAAAAAUCCUUGUCCUCAAACAAUCGCAGUCAAGUCCUUACAUCAUCAUUGUGAGAGGAAUGAUUCUCGAGUAGUAGCAGUCCUACAUUGUCGUUGUCCAUCUCCUUUUCUAACCCCUCCUCGGUCCAGUGCUUUACAACUCGCAUUAUACGGGAAAUUUUAACAACCUAAUCACGGUUGGUACGAAGAAGGCCAAAAGCAUUGCCGAGUUGUGGGAUAUGGCAUGCAAGGAAUAUUCCCAUCACAACACAGCUGGAUAUCGUCAGCUUUUUGGGAUUUAUUAUGAGGUAUUCGUAUUUCGCUUUCAAAUUUGAAAAGAUCUAGUAGUAAUACUAGUUUGUUAGACUUAUUAUUGUUCGUUGAGCAGUGUAGUACUAGGUAGAUCAUAUUAAAAAUUUAGCUAAAACAAAGAAAAACGUUGGCGUCUUCGCAAAAACAAAUCCCUCACUUGACCGAACACAACAUCACCAGCUACAGAACGGUUUCGAAAAACUCCACCUUGCAAAUGAGCUCACCUUCCUCACGUACAAGCAGAUUCAUGAGAGAGUGAAGGCGUUUGCUGUUGGUCUCACGAAUUUCGCCAAAGGGGCUAUCAACAAUCCAGAUUGCCGUAUUGUCAUCUACGCUGAUACUCAAAUGGAUUGGUUUUGCUCGGCGAUUGCCGCGUUCACACAAGCGAAGCCGGUGGUACCUGUAGUUGCAUGAUUUAUUCAUUGUGAUUUCAAGUUCAACACUAGGACGAAAAUAACUAAGUACUUGGAUCCUUGUGCAACUGCAACACUACUAGAUUUGAAGUAUAGUUUUUGUCCUUGCCAUCCCCUGUUCUUUGUUCCUUCGUUUUCCCCUGGAGCACCACACAAAGUCACAUCAGUACAGAAAUUUCAUCCAACUAAGUACCUCUUUCAUCCAACUAAGUACCUCUUUUCGCCCCAUCUAAAACUAAAAGGUAACCGUCUACAGCACUCUUGGUGAAGACGGCCUGAAACACGCUUUGGGUCAAACCAAAGGACAGAUCGUGAUUACAGACUUCAAACUGGCAAAAACGUUGGCAAAAGUCCUUCCAGAGUGCAACUCGGUGUCCCACGUCAUCUUUCUGGGUAAGAAAUCUUUGGCCCCAGAAGACACGGUCGCGACGGUCAAGCAGGCCCAUGGUGGCAUUGAGGGCGUCGAAUAUUUCACGGAUCUGGUGGAUAGGGCAAUAUUGAGAAACCCUUUCGACUCCUUGUACAAGUGGGUGUAAAGAAGAUGACAAAAGAUAUAGAUAAUUUUGACUAUCAGUUUGUUCCGAUAAACGAACUACUUGUACUACAAACACGACAUUUCUGAUUCAUGAUUUUUUGUAUGGCUCUGGUAUUUGGUAACCUGAAUUUGAUCAUGAGGAAAUACCAGAGCCAUUCACUUUUAUGGCUGAGGAGAUUGAUCUCUUCCUCCUGCCUCCACAAGUACAACAAGCAUUCUCUCGACCUUUCUCCCCUUUCCCGUCCUCUCGUCUGCCAUACUCUAACCGGCACCAAGGCAUGACGAAGCUCGACGACUUCUCCAUCAAGGACACACCACCAGAGUCUACUGCCGUGAUUAUGUACACAUCUGGAACGACUGGGUUGCCAAAAGGCGUCGUCCUGUCUCACGGCAAUGUCAAUGCCCUCGUUGGCGCUGGUGAGCACGUUUAUGCCGGACUCUUGACCCCGGGUGACAGCAUGCUGUGCUAUUUGCCGCUGGCACAUAUCAUGGAACUGGCGGGUAUUCUUAACUUUGUAGGUGUGAGUUUACUAAUCUAAAUGCAGCUUUUCUGCAUAUUGCAGCCGACCCGAUAUCCCUACUUUCCUUAUCUCAUUAAACCUCCCAUUACCUUUCCCUUUAAGUUCCCUAUAAAUAUUUCUACACAUCACCACCACGACCACAGUUGAAAUCGCGUCCCUCGCCUCUCGUAUGUGCCUGUGCUAUGCCAAUCUGCACACCCUGUCCGACGGCGUCAAACGGAAGAAGCCUGAAUCGAGUGGAGAUUUUAUCGUCUCCAAACCUCAUGGCAUCGUCUUCGCACCGGCUGUCCUAGAAAAGGUGUACAAUGAAUGGUCUCACUGCUCUCUUCUCCAGUGGCUUGAAAAAGAAGAUUUUUGA